UCAUUGUAACUCGGUUCUCUGAGUACGAAGGAGAACGUAAUUUUUUCUUCGAAGUGUUGUGCGAAAUCUAAUUAAAAUUUUUGACAAAUUUUAUACAAAAAUUGCCAACUUUUGUGUAUGCAAACAUAAAAAUCUAACAAAAAACUUUUUGUUUCGAUUUUCACAGUCAUAAUACUCGGAGAAAAAAAAUAAAACGAAUGUCAUUGUGUGUUUAAAACAGUUCAAAAAAGGCAAAAGAGAAAAACCACAAAGAAGAAAGAAAAAAAGUACAAAAAACGAAACGAAUACUCCCAAUUGGACUUGAAAAUAGAAAAAAAUAAUAAGAAGAAGCAGAAGAGGGGCAAUUGAAAGCGGUAACACUCAUCCGAAAAAAGCCAGUAAAAUCACAACUAACGAUUGGCAUACUGCUGACUAAAAAUUAAGAAAAUUUGCAAAUAUUAUUAAGUUUGUAAGAUAGAGACAGUGAGAGAAAGGAAAUACAAAUUGGCUUAAAGAGAGAAAAGACCAAGCAAAUUUUGUUCAAAAGGGAGUGUUGUUGACCAAGAGCUUUCUUUGCUUCCACCAAGAAUUGUUAUUUUUUUUUACAAUUUAUUGCCGGAACAAUUGCGUUUUCAAGUGGGAAGUUGUGGUUCAUCCCAAGUGGUGGUAGUGGUGUAGUUUACCGAGAUUCCGUCAUUAAACCAACCAUCUUCGGAACUUUGAGCUGUUGAAGAUGGCACUGGACAUACAAGUGAACGGCAGUAAUGCUGCUCUGACAUCAUCCUUUACAUCAAAGAAAAAGGAUGCUGCCACAAAUGCUGACAAAGAAAACUUAUGGUCUUCUAUAUUAAGCGAAGUCCAAAAACAAGGCAGCACAAAACUUCCCUCAAAUAAAUCGGUAUUAGUAUUGGGUGAUAAUGCCACUGGUAAAACAACACUGGUGGCCAAACUUCAGGGUGUUGAAAACCCUAAAAAAGGUUCAGGUUUGGAAUAUGCCUACAUCGAUGUCAAGGAUGAAUACAGAGAUGACAUGACCCGUUUAAGUGUUUGGGUAUUAGACGGCGAUCCAGGUCAUAAAAAUCUCUUACAUUUUGCCUUAAAUGAACAGAACUAUGCACACACAUUGGUCAUACUGACAGUAUCAAUGACACAGCCAUGGUAUUGGCUGGAACAGCUUAAUCAUUGGAUUAAGGUGUUAUCCGAUCACAUUGAAUCCCUGAAAUUGGAGCCAGGUGAAAAAGAAGAAGCCCGCCAACGUUUAGUGACCUCAUGGCAGAGUUAUUGUGAGGUGGGCGAUGAUAUGGAUCCCGGCUCACCGGUUAAGCGUACCAUGCGAAAUAAUUCCAUAGAUGAUGAUGAUCUACUGCCUCUGACCGAUGGAGCGUUGUUAACAAAUUUGGGUCUGGACAUUGUUGUAGUUGUUACAAAGACGGACUACAUGACUACUUUGGAAAAAGAAUACGACUAUCGAGAUGAACAUUUCGAUUUCAUACAACAGUGGAUAAGACGUUUUUGUUUGCAACAUGGCACCUCACUCUUCUACACAAGUGUCAAAGAAGACAAAAACUGUGAUCUCCUUUAUAAAUAUUUAACACAUCGAAUCUAUGGUCUACCAUUCCGAACACCUGCCCUAGUCGUUGAAAAAGAUGCAGUUCUAAUUCCUGCCGGUUGGGAUAGCUUAAAGAAAAUAAGUAUUUUAUAUGAGAAUAUGCAUUCUUGUAAAGCUGAAGAUUACUAUACAGACAUUAUUACCGCGCCACCUUCCAGAAAGACCGUUUCAAAUAGUGAAAUUGAAGUCCUUACCGAAGAUGAACAAACAUUUUUGGCGCGACAACAGGAAAUUAUCAAACAAGGCGGUCAAGUACGUAGUGAAUCGCCUUUACGCUCGCAGGCUAGCAAAGCUAUGCCCCGUACCCCUGGCUCAGCUGGUCAAAAUUCACCCAGUAGAAAGCCUAUUGAUGUUAAAAUGAACCCCGUUACACCUGGCGGCGAGGGAGUUUUGGCCAAUUUCUUCAAUUCAUUGUUGCACAAAAAAUCCGGUUCUCCAGCAACACCACCCGGAGCCAUGAGCACUCCAAGAGCAAAUGGCUCGGAUAGCCUAUUAACACCCGAUAAGCUAUCGGUACGCACAGAUGCUGCAGCAGAAUUGGAUCGUUUGGCGAGAAGUGUUAAAAAAGAUGUGGAUUUUUCGCAAAGUGAAUGUUAGAUCAUUUCAAAACAAAAAAAAAGAAACACCUAGAACACAAACGAAAUAGAUAGAUAGAGACAGAUUUAUAGAGAGAGAACCAAAAUGAAGAGGCACUAACCACAUUUUAUUUGGAAUUUAUCUCAAAAUUUGUUUAACAAAAUUAAAAAAAAAACUUUUUAAAAGAAGUAAAGAUUAACUCUUAUUACUUCUCAAUUAAGUAAAGUGUAGCAGAAGUUUUAAACAACAAUACACACAAAAAACACAACAACAAUUUGCAUUAAUUUAUGAAAAAACCAGUUAAAAAUUAAAAAAACAAAAAACAUAUUAAGAGUUAGAAGAACGAUCCCUAAGGCCUUUCUAAAAAUGAAAAACAAAAAGAAAUAAAACAAAACAAAAAAAUCCUCAUCUCUUUAUUAUAUGUAAAAAAACAUGUAACGUACUAUAAAAUAUACAUAUAUACAACCACAACAACAACAAGAAAUAUCUACAACUAAAUGAAAGAUACUUAGCAAACAAAACUAAAACUCUAGUAAAAAUUUCUAAGAAAAACAUAACAACCACAACAAAAAAAAAUCAAACAUCCAUUUAACACUACUGCAACAACAACAAAAAAUGUCCACAUAAAAUGUAUUUCAUAAGUACUCAAUCAAUUCUCCCCCUUAAAAAACAAAAAAAAAUAAUAAUAAAUAUAUUUUUUUAAAUUAUUAUCCUCUCAAAUGCCUGCUCCUCCUGUAACUGUUAUAUAUGAUUAUUAUUAUUAGUUUUAAAAUUGUGCUCAGUUAUUAAUUAUUUCCAUAUUAUUUCUUUUAACUUCUUAGUAUUCCUAUUUUUUAUAAUUUCCCUUUGAUUAUAUUUGUUUUAAAUAUCAUUCAUAAAACAAUUUUGAAAAAAAAAAACAAAACUUUAACAAUCAACUUUUUAAAGUAUUUUGUCCACAAAUUACCACACAAAUGCAACGGCGGAACGAAAAUCUAAAAAAGAAAAAAGGGGAACAGCUCUUUUUUUAAUCAACACAAAAAAUUAUAUAAACUGUUAAUAUGGCUGAAUAAUAAAAAAAGUAUUUUUUAAAAAAAUAGGCAUUAAAA